AUGGGCCCCCCUCCCGCUGCUGCUGCUGCUGCUGCUGCUGCUGCUCCCCUUCCUGCAGGCCAGCGGCAGCAAGGGCAGCGACGGCAUCGGCAGCGGCAGCUGCGGCGGCGGCAGCAGCAGCAGCAGCGGCAGCAGCAGCAGCAGCAGCAGCAGCAGCUGCCCGUGUCUUCUCCAUGGUUCCUCGAGCAGGUCCAGUGGGAAGAGUCUCCGCCCGCCGCGGACGACGACAGCAGCAGCAGCAGCAGCAGUAGCAGCAGCAGCAGCAGCAGCAGCAGCAGCGCAGCACGAGUGGACCCGCGUCUGGGGGAUGUGCUGCAGUUUGUGCACGAAGGCUCUCGUGCUGCUGCUCUCGAGGUCUUCAGCUGGUCGCUGCUGCAGCCGCUGCUGCUGGCCUUUGAGGCCUUAGCAGCAAACUGCGCCUUGGUCGAGGGGUGUGCUGCAGCAGCAGCAGCGCUGGUUGCCCGUGCGGAGCUGGCGGGCGCCGAGCGCAGCAGCAGCAGCAGCAGCAGCAGCAACAGCAGCAGCAGCAGCAGCAGCAGCAGGGGGGAGGCUGAAGUGUCUGCAGCUUACGCCGUGCUGGAGCUGCUGCCGAUCGAAAACACAGAAACUGUCUUUGCCUUGUGGGGCCCUUUUUGUCUUACCUUCUCCAGGCAGCAGCAGCAGCAGCAGCAGCAGCAGCAGCAGGAGUCGCAGCUCGAAGGAUUUAGAGUAGCAAGCGCGCAGCAGCAGCAGCAGCAGCAGCAGCUAGCCCAACCAGGAGUGCAGCAGCCUGCGUUUCAGAGGGAGUGCCGCGACGAGCAGCAGCAGCAGCAGGUAGAGCAGCAGCAGCAGGUAUCGCAGCAGCAGCAGGUAGAGCCAGUUGCGCAGGAUGGCGACUUGCUGCAGCAGGAGCUGCUGCUGCAGGCGGCCGAAGAAGAGCAGCAGCAGCUCUUCAAGAAGCUGCAGCAGCAGCACCGGGAGCAGCAAAAGCUGCAGCUGAAGCAGCAGCGCGGGUUGCUGCAGCACCCUCAGAAGCAGUCGCGCAGCAAAUCCAGCAAAAGCGCAGAGCAGCAGAGGGGCAGCAGCAGCAGCAGCAGCAGCAGCAGCAGCAGCAGCAGCAGCAGCAGCAGCAGCGGCAGGGGGAGCGGAAGUGUGAGGGCGCGCCUCUUUGGCUCUUAUCAAGUAGUUGGCUUCUCGCAGAUGGGGCGGUUUUACUGCGGCAACAGCAGCAGCAGCAGCAGCAGCAGCAGCAGCAGCUGCUGCUGCUGGUGCAGCAGCACGCAGCUGCAGCAGGAAGAGCUGCUGCUGGUCGAACGCGUCAGGGCCCACGCCCGAGGCUCUCCUCUGGUGUGUCCGCGGGGCUGGCAGCUGCGAGGGGCAGUAAUAGAUGGCUGCAACGUUGCUGCUCUUCCGAAGCAGCAGCAGCAGCAGCAGCAGCAGCAGCAGCAGCAGCAGCAGCAGGGGGUGGCGUUCGACCUGCUGCGGGUGCUGCGCUGCGUCGAAACCCUCGAGAGCCUCAACGCCGCGCCUUGCCGCGUAGUUGUUCCGAAUUGGCUGUUUGAAAUGGGGCUGCAUGCAGAAGCAGCAGCAGCAGCAGCAGCAGCAGCAGCAGCAGCAGCAGCGGCGCUGGAGGCGGCGCGGGCGGCCUCGGGCCGCGGCGUGCAGCAGCGCAGGCGACUCCUGCUGCAGCGCUACCAGCAGCAGCUGCUGCUGCAGCGCGAAGAGAAGCUGCUGCUGCUGCAGCACGAGCAGCAAGGACUUGGACUCAGAGAAAGUGUUACUGUGCUGCACCUCCCGCUGCUGCAGCAGCUGCAGCAGCGGGGGCUGCUGGUGGUUUCCCCCGAGGGCUUUCCGCAGCCCCGCCCGCGCCUCCCCCGCGCCCCCCACUGCAGCAGCAGCAGCAGCAGCAGCAGCAGCAGCAGCAGCAGCAGCAGCAGCAGGGCCCCACAGCGGCGCAGCACUUACGACGAUUUGCUGCUGCUGCAGCUCGCGCUGCGGCGAGAUGCCUUCAUAGUCAGCAACGACCGCAUGCAAGACCUGCAGCAGCUGCACCCCCACUACAGCCAACUUAUAAAAGAAAGAAGGCUUUCUUACGCCUUCUCAGGGUCCGGCGCUGACCCUGGCAGCUGGUCAGUUUUGCCUUUGCCCGCGGACUUGACUGCUGCUGACAGCAGCAGCAGCAAGUGCAGCAGCAAGUGCAGCAGCAAGUGCAGCAGCAGCAGCAGCAAAGCCAACUGCGAGCUGGCCAUUUGGCUGCGAAUCGCCCGGGCCAUUUUUAGGCGAGUCGAAUGA